UCGAGAAGAACAAUGUUUUGGUGAAUGGGUGCAUUGGUGCAAGGCAGUUUUCACAAUAUUUUUCAUUGAAAUAACUGCUUAAUAUUUGUAAUUUUAUAAUUCUAUUGUGCACGAUAAAGUAUGUCGUAUACCUUGAACCAACUUUCGGGAAAUGCAAUAGCAACCAUGCACCCCAUAAUGGGAGCAAUUUCCAGUGCAGGCGGCUAUGUUGCUCAAUCUAAUUCAUUACUAUCUAGUUCUAUGGAUUAUUGCCGCAAACAAAAUCAAAUGCAAUCUGGAGCAGCUCCAAUGGAUUUGGAAUCAGCUUCCGAACGUGAAUCUGCCAGAGAAGGAUCGUCUAAUGAGAGAAAGGAAAGAAUGGUUCAAAAAGCUGGGCAGUUGGGAGUAGAUGGCACUGGCCAAAUUUUGUUUAACCAACUGAUCCCACAACCACAAGGAUUUAUGAUGAUGGCUCCAGGUAUGGUUAACAUGAUGGACGGAUCAUCGCUUAUAGGAAUGCAAACAUUCCCUGUGAUGACGGCGCAGCAGAUAAGUACGGGAAUGGACAUAACAUCGCAGGCGAUGAACAUGAUUAGAUCAGAAGAUGGUAGCAAAGAGCUAAUUUAUUGCAAAUCAUGCACAUUAUUUCCACCCAGCCCUAAUUCUCCUGGUCCGAAGACAAUCGACCGUCCGCCAGGGUGUCGAACCGUAUUUGUUGGCGGACUGCCGAAUUCAGUAACGGAAGAAAUCAUACGGGAAAUAUUUGAACGAUGUGGCGAAAUUACGACGUUACGGUUUUCAAAGAAAAACUUUUGUCAUAUUCGAUACGUGUAUGAAGCUUCGGUCGACUCUGCUAUUUAUCUGUCUGGCUAUCGUGUCAAAUUGAAUAGCGGAGGAUUUAAUUACACUACACCGGAACCGAAGGAUCCAGCUACUUUUGGUACAUUACAUGUAGAUUACGCUCAUGCUCGUGAUGAUCAGUAUGAUUACGAAUGCCGGCAGCGUAAACUACAAAGAGAAAGGCGUCAUCGCGAGCAAGUUGAUGAUGACCAGGCUCGCUCAUCAUCUCCGCAGCCAAUAAUCCACUACACUGACCAUGAAGCAACAUCUAUAUCGGAUAUGCUAAAAAAUGAUGAAAGUUUUGCGAAAGCUGUCCAAACACUUAUUACCUGGCUUGAGAGGGGCGACUGCAGUAAAAAGAAUGCCAAUAACUUUUAUACGAUGAUCCAGAGCACCAACUCUCACGUCCGGCGACUACUGUCGGAAAAGGCAAUAAACGACGAAGAGCUGAGCCGUGCCCGAGAAUUCUACAGGAAGCAGAUGCAGUGUAUGUUGGCGCAAUUCAAUCAGAUUGAAAAAGUAUUCACAGCGGCCAGUCACAAGAAGGUUUGGGAUCAUUUUUCUAAAGCCCAGAGAAAAAACAUCGACGCAUGGAAGAAGCAAUCACUGGAGAUCCGCUGCGGUCAACUAGAAGAUGUUGGAGAAGACGAAAUGGAUGUGUCCGAAGACGACGGAGUCGUUCCCAAAAAAUCCCGUUGGGAUGUACGACAGGAUCAGUUGGACACUUCUUCCGAUGCAGAGGCGCAGUCAAUCAGAUCAGACCUCGAAGUUAAAACAAUGCAAAUUCAAGUUCUACAAGAGACAAUUCGCAAUUUACAGACGCAACUUCUGGAUAACAAAUACAAAGAGAUGGCGCGCCAUACUAAAAUCACAGAAUUGGAAGAAAAGUUGAAGGAAGCCAACGUUAAACAAUUAUUAUUGAAGACAAAAAUUGCCGCCAACCAAUCGAAGUUGUCUCUUUGCACAACGAAUACUUCAUCCACCAAAGGAGAUUCCGAAGUAGACGAGCCCGACGUACUGGAGGUGGAUGUAAAACCUGUACUUAGUGCUAUUGCUACUACUGCUGCCACUGUUGCUAGUGAUGUUGCAACUCCAGUAGUCACGCUGACGCCCAUUGAAACCACUACAACACCAAUGAUCGAUCCCAAUGAGGCUAGGGUCAUUACGUUAGUAUCAACUUUUUUGGUGGUGCAUCCUCAUGGUGCUAGCAUCGAUUACAUCUGGUCAUACGUUAACCGGUAUGUACCGGAGCUGAAGGUAAAACUUCUCGAAGAAAUACUGCAACGAUACUUGAAUCUAUUUCGUGAAGAAGUCAGUGGCAUUGGAGCUAAAAUCGAAAGAAAUUGGAAAUUUGUGGGCUAUGAGUGCAAAGAAGAAGAAAAGUCAUGAAUACGCAUUCACAUUUUUAUAUUCUAGUAUUUAUUGGAUCUCAAGCCGUGACCUAAACAUAAAAGUAUGUUGUUUUGUACGACUAGAGUUUUCAUAAAAUCGUUUUAACGUUCA